ACAUUUAAAAAAUAUUAUGACAUUUGUUGGGAUCAUGACUGUUUUAGAGUUUAUUAAAUUUAUUUUGAAAUGAUUUAUUUGUAUCCGUUUGCCUUAAUUUUUAUCAUGUGUUCAGCCGCCGAAGAUUUCUACUAUCCGUACAACCUGAGCCGUACCACGCCCCUUGCCGAGCAGGUCAGGAUAGCGGCCGUCAGGAAGUCGCUGACGCUGGACUGGUUGAAGGUGGAGGACAACAGACAACGGGAGCUGGUGUCAGCCUUCGAGAAAGACGUCGCGCCGCCCAUGAAGAUGUUGAAUACUGACUGCAUAUCGUAUUUGAGGCCAUCCUCCGGAAAAAUAGGGAGACUCAUGUUGGAGUUACUCAAAAAUCUAGAAGGUGACGACAACACACUAAUUCUUGAAUUGAUCCAAGUUCUGGUUCGUGCAAAAUUGUUAGUGGAAACUUCCGCAAUGGAGGCGGAGCCAGAUUUUGAAGCUUUGAUGAAAACGCCAAAGGUGAUGAUGGGAGAGCCGCAUACGACCUUCCCGAGGAUAUUGUCUAUGGUGUGGCUAAUGGCGACGGAUACACCCACACUGGCCAAGCACGGGUGGUGUCCAAUCAAGAAGGUGAAUAAAUACCUGGAGAUAGCGAAGCCCACACAGAUAGCGAAGCACAUGCGGACUUUGGAGCCGCUGAUAAUGAGGGUCCGGUACAUCAUGGAGGACUUCAUCCAGAAUGUCACGCCGCUAAACAUGUACCAGAAGAAAAACACCAAGAAGGACGUCAAAGUGGUUAAUGCAUCUAUGAAUCCAAAUCCAUAUAUACAGGAGAAAACUGAAGAGACCACAAGUAAAGCAGUUAAAAGGCCGCUGAGAGCACACGAUCUAGAACGAGAGAACCUGGAGAGACUUAUAGGCAUGACCACUCUCGAGCCGAACACAACAUUUAAAGCCGAGCGCCUCCCAAACUUGGACUUCAACAAAGACAAUGCAGUCUUCAUGACAGCUGGAGCGACCACCCUCGACCUCUGCCGCUUUGUCAGCCUGCUCGGGAACAUGCUUUGGAUCACCAUGAUGAUUUACGAUUUAUGAUUAAAAAACGUUUUGGCAUACAAGUGUUUCUGUUU